AUGGCGUCGCCAUUGGUAUGCCCUCCGAUUGCUCCGGAAUACUACGUGUACGUCGGUCAUACAAUUGCUUUCGUCUCUUUCCCGUUCAAUUUUCUCGCAUUUUAUCUUGUGUGGUUUCAUUCUCCGAAAACAUCGAAGUAUCGCCAUUGCCUUUUAUAUCUACAGUUAAUAACACUGAUUGCCGAAAUCGAAGUAAAUAUAGUGACACCUGGAUAUUAUUUUUUCCGAUGCUCGGAGGAUACAUCACUUCAUGGAUUGGAGAACAUGUUUCUGGCCAUACGGCAACUGUUGAGUUUUUUUUCAGCAGAAAUCACAGUGUCGCGAAAAGUCAACCAAGUAGUGAAAUAUGGAUUUGUGAUAUUCACGCACAUUUUUCCGUUCGCAACCGCGACGUGCGUGUACAAUUCGAGAAUCACUUACCAAGAACAAUACAUGGUUUUAGCAAAGUAUUAUCCGAAUUGUAAACAUAUAAUGCUGAUUCGAUCGAUUGAAAUCUACGAUUAUCGAGUGAAUCCAUGGAUUGCUGGAAUCUGUUUAAGCGCUUUUCUGUUCAUUUUCAUUUCUGUUAUAUAUUUUAUUUAUAUGCUUAAUUAUGCAGAAUUGGCGACGAAUAUGACGUUUUUCAUCGGAUCGCACUCGCUGUGCAGCUCGGUUGUGAUGCUUCUGACGAAUCCGAGAUAUCGCAAAAUUAUUUAUGACUCGCUCAAGAAACCGCCCAAACACAUCGUUUUUCGAAUCACUGAGAACACUCUAAAGAACACCAAUAUCACUUGA